AUGAAUAAUAAUCAAGACCUAAAAGACAAACUCGCAAAACAAUAUGAAAGUAUAGCAUUGAAACAUUUUCAAUACAAAGAAGCUAAGAGCAAGGAACAAAUUGAAUUUAAUAGACAAAAAAUCAAAUUGUUACUUGAGGAAAAUGAGAAAAUUCUUGAGAAACAAUUAAAAUCAUCAAAAAGAAGAACAUUUUCUGACCAUGCCAAGUUAUUAAAAGUCAAUGAUUCAAUGGGAAAGCGAUCAAUUAUGCUGAAAUUUCAAGAUUUCCAACCACAUGGACCUGUUAAGAGUAAGCUUAUAAAAGCCCGAUUAUUCUCAAUUCCCCAUGUUGAACCCAUUCCAAAAUACACAAUGUGGACUUCUGUUGUGAGAAACAUUAAGACAAAAGAUGAUCCGGUGUUGAGACAUCUUUAUUAUUUUGGAGAAGGUGCUGAACAUGAUUUAGAUAUUGAUUUUUACAUGGAUGUCUUUGAUAAAGUUGAUUUUGGAUCUUCCAAAUUUGAUACGGAUGUGGAAAAAAUCUUCUUCAAAACUUGUGAUCAUUUUUUCAAUCAAUCUGAAAUUGAACUAAAUGUAAUCGAAAAUUUUCUCAAUGAAAGAAAGUCAGGUCUUAAAGUCAUUAUCACAAAGAAAAAUCGUGACUUUAUUAUUGAUGAAAUUAUUAAUUCAUUUCCUUCUGUCAUCAAUAAAAGUGAUGUUUACAUAUUAUUACAAAGAUACGUAGAAUGUAAGAAACAAUUACAAACUGAGAUAGAGGAUCGUGUUAAAGAGUUUAGCCCAUCGGAUAAAAUUAAUGGAGAGGAUAUUUCUGAAGCCUUUAAAAGUUUAUGGUGUAUUAAUCAAUUACCACAAAAAGUUACGAAAAAACUUCAUCCAGCUCCUAAACUAAACGAAAAACCAUGCAAAAAAAACUGUUAUCGUUACUUGACGGAGGAAGUUGAUUGUAAUGAACAAAGUUUGGAAUCUGAGUGGAAUGAUGAAGAAAUUACAUUAUUCAAUAAAUUACGUGAAGUGUUUGGUACCAAAAGUUAUUGUACAUUAGCCACUAUAAUCAAAUCUAAGCUUUGUAAAGAGGUUUAUCAGAGAUCACAAUUUGUUGGUAAUAUUAUUGCAAUCAAUGAUGAAGAGCCAAGAAUAAUUAAUAAAAAAGCAUCAAAAAGAGCAGUAAUAAUUGAGAAUGAUGCCUAUAAACAAGCAGAGUAUAGUCCAUGCUAUCACCCUGGUGAAGAUUGUACGAGUGCUGAAUGUGAAAGAAGAUUUCAAGGUUGUAAAUGUUAUAGCGGAGAUAAUGUUUGUGGAACAAAAAAAUGUUCCUGUUUUGAACAUAAUCGAGAGUGUGAUUUUGAUAUAUGUAAAUGUCCAGCUGGAGUUAACGUUAACAUGCAUCAUUUAUCUCAACAGUCAACUAUAAUUGGUCUAUCAACAGUGGCGGGUUGGGGACUAUUUAUGCGAGAAGAAGCCAGAAAGAGCGAGUACAUUGGUGAAUACCUUGGUGAAAUUAUAUCACAUGCAGAAGCUGAUCGACGAGGGAAAAUCUACGAUAAGCGUCGUUGUAGUUUCUUGUUUAACCUGAACAUAGACACAGUUAUCGAUGCCACUAGAAAAGGAAACAAAUUAAGAUUCAUAAACCAUUCAAAUUCGCCUAAUACAAAUUGCCGUGUGGUUAUGGCAAAUGGGGAACAUCAUAUUGCUAUUUAUGCUUCUCAACUUAUAAAACCUGGCGAAGAAUUGUUUUAUGAUUACCGAUAUGAUGGUCAAGCUCUGGAGUUUGUUCCGAUUGAAAGAAAACAAAUCACCAAAUCCAAAAGAAAGUAA